AAAUCCCGCGGGAACCGCGGGCUGAUGCUGGGUGUGCGGCCCCGCCCCGCCGCUCCCGGGCCCCGGCAGCCAGGCCGCGGCUCCCCCCGGCGGCGCUCGCUCUGCUCCGCUCCGCCCGGCAGCGGGGCCGGGACCUGCCCGUGGCGAGGCGAGGCGAGGCGAGGCGAGGCGGCGCCGGGACUCUGCCCAGCCCGGAGCGGGAGCGGAGCUCGGCCGGGCCGGGCCGGGCCCGCUGGAGAAGCCCCGCCCGGGGGGGCCAUGGCCGAGCGGGCCGCUGCCCAGGCUCCAGAAUGGGACGCAGAAUCAUGGUGGCCAAUGCCUUUGCAGCCACCUGCUGUCCCUGAAGAAACUUCCCUGAGAGAAACCCAGCUGCAAAGAGCAGAGAUUUCUUUGACUGUGGUGGCUGAAGUUCAAGCCGUAGAGAGGAAGGUGGAUUCUCAGGCUGCACAGUUGCUGAAUCUGGAUGGGAGAAUGGGGACGGCUGAGAAGAAACUAGUCGGCUGUGAGAAAACAAUGGUGGAGUUUGGGAACCAGCUGGAGAGUAAAUGGGCCGCGCUGGGAACUCUGAUCCAGGAGUACGGGCUGCUGCAGAGGAGGCUGGAGAACAUGGAGAACCUGCUGAAGAACAGGAACUUCUGGAUCCUGAGACUCCCCCCAGGCACUAAGGGAGAAGUCCCCAAGGGAUGGGAGAGUGCAGCCAAAUGGCAGAAGGAGCUUUGCGAGAACGUGAUGAAGGGGAACUUUGAGACUCUGAUCUCCCUGGACUCUGCGAUUUCCAAACCCAGCAUGCUGUCCCGGAUUGAACGAGGAGAGGAGCCAUGUGUUGAAGAUGAGCCGGAGGAGACAGAAAUCCCCAUGGAGCCCAGCAUGGACUCUCCGGUUCCUACACAUGAGAUUUCAUCCUGGAUUAAACAGGAGGAGGAGCUAUGUAUCAAGGAUCAGCAGGACUCGGAGGAGAGAGAGAUCCCUGCAGAUCUUAGAAUGGCAGAUGUUGAGCUCACAAUCAAAACAGAGGAGCGACAUCCUGAAGAAGGCCCUAGCAACCUAGAGCUCCCUGGGCCGUUGCCAGGACGAGCAGAGGAGAGAGCUUUCCAGGGUGCUGAACAGGAAGCGGCCGUUGAGAGUCCUUGCACUUCAAUCCGCUCUCCAGGUAACAACCUGGGGGAACUUACUCCGCAUGAAAGAGAACUCAAAACUGCUGCUGCCCAUCUCCGGGGCAAUGCAGGACUAGCCCCCUAUGCAUGUGCCCAAUGUGGGAGGAACUUCACUCGAAAGGACAUGCUCCUGUCGCACGAGAGACUCCACACGGGUGAGAGGCCCUACGUGUGUGCUGACUGUGGGAAGAGCUUUAGGCUCAAGAUCAGCUUUAUGAAGCACCAGAGAUGCCACACCAAGGAGCGGCCCUAUCCGUGUAACGAAUGCCAGAAGAGCUUCAAGUGCCACUCGGCGCUCGUGCGGCACCAGAUGAUCCACAGGGGAGAGCGGCCGUAUAAAUGCGACCAGUGCAACAAAAGCUACAGCCGCAAGGAGCACCUCCAGAACCACCAGCGGCUGCACACCGGGGAGCGGCCCUUCCAGUGCGCCACCUGCGGGAAGAGCUUCAGUCAAAAGUUCGUGCUUGUCUCGCAUCAGCGCAUCCACACGGGGGAGUGGCCCUACAAAUGCACGGAGUGCGGGAAAGGCUUCAGUGAGAAAUCCAAGCUGACCAGCCACUACCGGAUCCACACCGGCGAAAAGCCCUACAGCUGCGCCCAGUGCGGGAAGAGCUUCCGCCUCAAGGUGAGCUUCUUAAGGCACCAGACGAGCCACGGCAGCGAGAAGCCCUACCCCUGCACUCAGUGCGGCAAGAACUAUAGCUAUCACUCAGGCCUUCUCCGGCACCAGCUGAUCCACGCGGGGCAACGGCCGCAUCAGUGCAACAAGUGCGGCAAAAGCUAUGCCGAGAAGUACCGCCUGCGGAAUCACCAGCGUGUCCACCUGGACGAAGGACCGCAGCGGUGCGUCCCGUGCGGGAAGAGCGUCUUGGGGAAGCAGGACCUCCUGACCCCCCAGCAGAGCCAUGCCGACGGACGCCACCAGCGCGCCACGUGCGGGCAAAGUGUCUGGCUUGUGGAGAGCGGCUUAAAGCACCAAAGAAACCACGGCAAAGAGAAGCCCUACGAAUGCAGUGACUGCGGGAAGAGCUUCAAGUGCCAGUCGGAACUCACCCGCCACCGGAGGGUCCACACGGGGGAGAGGCCUUACAAAUGCACCAAGUGCGACAAAAGCUACAGCCAGAAGUACCAUCUCCUCCAGCACCUGCGCGUUCACACUGGGGAGCGGCCCCAUCAGUGCAGUGACUGUGGGAAGAGCUUCAUCCGGAAGGAACAUCUCCUGAAACACCAGCGGAUCCACACCGGAGGGAGGCCUCACCAGUGCAGCGAAUGCGGGAGAAGCUUCCAAUAUAAGCAGUUGCUGAAAGACCAUCAGAGGGCGCAUAGAGCGGAGCCAGAUCACCUGGAGGCUUCUCCAAGGACUGAAGCCUGGGUUCCUUAAUGCAGAAAUGGGUUCCAGCCUGCCACUUAUCUUCUAACAUGCAAAGCAAAUCCAGUACAGCAGGUCUGGGAGUUAACACACUCACCGCACCCUGAUCUGGCAAGCACUUACAUGCAUGGUUAACGUUAAGCAUGUGACUUCAAUGGGACCGGUCACAUCCUUAGUUUUUGCAGGUUCGGGUUCCAUGUCUGUAUGUAUCAUACAGCAGCCAAAGCUGCUGAACCUUCUGAGAGCUGGAGGAACAUUCACUGCCAGAGAUCGCUCACCCUUGGCGCUGGGAGGGAGCCAACGGGGAGAGACCUGAGCCCUAUCUGGCAGACUCAGCUAAACUGGAAACUGACUAGAAACUUUUAAUAGCUAGAUUUCCCUCCCCCCCCCCCCCCCGCCCCCCCCGUCUACAGCAUGGGUCUCUCUCAUCUUGCAGCUGCUAUCUUGUGAGAAUUCUCGUCACGGAUUUGUUUUAUACGUACAGUUUGUGUAUGGCCCCCAUGGUUUCAGGUUUGCACAUGUCCAUUCUCUUCUAGCUAGGAUCUGUAUGUGACUUGUGUUUAUCACUGUUCCCUUGUGGGGUUCUGUAAAGACUCUCUAUGGAGAGAAUGGAGGGUAAGUGAGCUAUUGCCCACUUGCAUGUCUUGUAGAGCCAGGACAGGACUACUCGUGCAUAGCCUUUGGGGCUGGAGCCAGCCCUAUUCCAGCCACUAAAAAUAGGUUCUUUGGGGUGAGCAUUGGAUUGGAAGUCACGCAUUCUAAUCCUGGCUCUGCCUGUCUGGCCUUGGGCUGUGCCUCCAUGGGGAUGAUCCGGGGCUCCCUCGUUAUGGUGCUGUCAGCAUCAAGCAAGUGCAGGGGUUUGAACGGGUGAGCUGCUCACUGUUAAAUGCAGUGUUUGCAUUCCUGCUCAUGGCUGAACGUGUCUCUUCUAGAAAGGGGAAUGGAGGAUUUGUGUAGAGUUGUGGUUCUUCAGUGACCAUCCCAAGCAGUGGCCACUUGUAUUUUUUCACUUGUACAAAUUGUAGACAAGCAAACACCAGCGAUGCUGCAACAACAAACUAACUCUCUUUCGAUGCGGUCUGUUGUGAGAGGGCUGUGUCUGGCUGCUGGCCUGUGUCAUUCCAUUCAGAAUGAAGGAGGGCUUGUACGUGACUUUGGAUAAUGUGUGACUUUAUUGCAUUCAUCGGUUAGAAAUUGAACGUGUUCGAUUUACUAGAUGUUUUGUGUAACUGUCAGAAAUAAUGAGCCCAAGAGGUGGCGAUUCCUACGUAUGAACCCAGGCCAUUGAGGCAAAUGCUGGAAGGAAAGCCGGGCUUACAGCCAAAGGGAUCUUGGCAGGAACCACCCUCUUGGUGCUCCCAAACCUACCGAAGUCGUGAAGGGGGGUGGUGCUGAAGAUGGACAGGCAAAUGCAAGCUGUCCUCUUCCCCCAGCCCCAUCUCGAGUGCUUGUUACUUUCUUACAAAGGAGAAGUGUUGAUGCAUUUUGAAUCCAUGUAUGACAGUAAAUAAUAAAGGAGCAGGUGCAAGA